AUGGCCAUAUCGAAGCUUUUGCUUGAGCAGUACGUAUUCCAGUGCAACUUAUGUUUUAGUGCUGCCGAAGAUAUCCCAUCUUCUUCCAAAAUUCGAUCCUUGCUCAAGGAUUUGCGCGAGGCACGCCAAAGCAAAAUUCUGGCUGGCCUUGCGAUGAUUAAUGGUGCUCAUCUCGAGAUGACAAACAUUUCGUCCAUGGAAAUCUGCGAGCUGCGUCCUUUUUUCCGCACGGCAUUGACACAGCUUCAUGCACUGCAGGCACCUUCGGAGCCGAAGGACGAGCAUACCACGCAAGAGGACGAAGAAGAUAUCACGGUCCGGCGCCAUUAA